AUGUUUGCCCUAAACGUAAGACGCUUUUUCUAUGUUUGUGAUAAAGUUAUUAUUCGAAAUUUACGAGGCAAGAAUCCAGCAUUAGCAAACCCUGGCUUGGACAAUAGGUUAAAGGCUUUCCGACAAGACAGUAUUAAAGUUCAAGAUGAUGAUGUCGAAGAAUUCAUCGAACAAUCGGAAAGUUCAUUUUAUGAGGUAGGUCAAGCAUAUAAUGAGCAUUUAAAUGAGACACUAAUUGGGAAACAUGAACUGCGACAUCAUAUAGUCAAAGAACGAUAUUUUAAAGAAAAUAUGCCUAACUUAUUGACUUGGAGUGAAAAGGAACAAAUUCGUCAUUUGGCCACAACUCAACCAAAUGAUUGGACACCUGAGAGAAUAGCUGAAAGUUUUCCAGUUACCGAACAAGUUGUGAAAAAAUUAUUGAAGUACCCUUGGAAACCCGCAACAGAAGAAAGGAUAACUCGUCAUGAUGCCUCGGCAAUGAGAAACUGGAAAGAGUUAAAAGAAGGAACUUUAGACAUACCUGAAAAAUUAAGACAACAUUUCUUAAAAUUUUCAGAUAGAACUAUACCACCACUAAAUAGAAAAUCUGUUAAAGUUGACUUAUCUCAAGAAAAAAUUGGAGAAUUUGAACAAAUUGUAAGGAGAUGUGCCAAUAUAAACAAUAAUGAAAACAAAGAUAAUGAUGUUCAUUGCAAUGAAAAUAUUUCAUCUGAUGCUAAAAAGCCAAAAGAAAAAAUAGAUUAUAAAAAGGUAACUUUAAGUGAACUAGCAAGUAAAAUUAGAACACGACUAGAUCAUGGUCAAAGUGUAGAUUUGCCAGACAGAAUUAUUAUGGAUUCUGUAGAGACAGUUUCAGUUUUAACUGAAAAAGGGAAUGCACCAAAAAAUGAAAUAAAUGUUAUUUCGGAAACCAAAGAAGAAAAAAACAUUACAAAAUUUAAAGAGGAGGACAAUAAAGUUUUUUCUAGCACAAAUUACCCAGAAAGAAUAAGGAUUCCAAAGAAGGCUUAUAAAAAGGGAGCUACAUAUAAAAUGAAUGACUGCUUUUAUGAUCAUGAUGGUAGAUUUCUGUAUAGAGUUAUAGGAAUGGAUGACAAUAUUAAUCAUCAG